AUGUUCCCCAUUUUGGCUUUCUACAUUAUGCCGUCCGAGAACUAUAAAGAUAUUCUUGAUUGCCGGUUGAGGAAAGACGCUCUCCUUGCAUCCAAGAAGAGUGGUCCCGGUGUCAACGACCUCGGUGCCGCUUGGAUCAAUGACACCACACAGAGUGAGAUGUACAAGCUCAUCCAGAAGUAUGGGCUUCAGGGGGAAGUUCAAAUGGACAGUGGAAAUGAUGUCUGGGAGCACGACGAUGGAGUCAUCCUAUCCCCGCAUGGCGUCUUGCCGGAGCAAGCUGCUUUGGGUCAAGUCAUUGGAAGGUUCACAGAACUCGCUACCGAUGUCAAUUUGGAAGACCCAAUGGCAGGACCAGUUGCAAAGGAGCUAGACAGCGAUUCACUGCACGAAUACUGCCUUCAGGAAUUCCAAUCUGAGCAAAUUGCAACUCUCCUCAAUACUGUCAGCCAGUCCCUCGUCGGCAUUGAAAGCAAGGAUAUCAGUGCACUGAGCUUCUUACAUUCUUGCAAGUCUGGAACCGGGUUCCAGGCUGUGAUCUCUGAUACCAAACAUGGCGCUCAGUAUCUUCGGGUCCAACAAGGCACGCAGACGAUCUCUAAGAACAUCGCCAAGGAGCUCAAGGAGGACAAGCAACAUCUCGCUCAGGAAAGCAUUCUGGGUUAUCAAAGCAAGAUGAUUUUCGUCUUCGAAAAGCCGUGGUGGCGCAGCGCCGGACUCUUCGGGGAGAUCAAAGCACAGGACCGCGGCCCUAUCCUAUUCUCCGUGGACACCAAGGGGAGAUAUUCGUCCGCCUGGAACCAGUUCCGCUCCGCUUUCGAGAAGGUCGUUCUGGAGUCUGGGAAACUUGAGAUCCCCGAGCCGAUCAACGCUUUGGAGUAUGAAUGGAGUAAACAGGAAUUCUUCCUUGGUAGCCCUUGUCCGGCGUCGCCACCCAGGCUGAUGUCUGCCGCUAGUGGAGACGCCCUUCGUAAGCCCUUUGAGAACGUUCACUUCGUGGGUAUAGAAACGGCUUUGGAGUGGAAAGGGUAUAUGGAAGGUGCUAUUCGAUCUGGAGACAGGGGUACUGCGGAGGUCAUUGCGGCGCUCUGGUAUUAG